GCCUAGUUAGUAAAAGUGAAUGCCUGUAGUGAGCCGCCAACACCUGUGUGAGCUUGUCGUGCUGCCUGGCUGCCAUAGUAUUCUCUGUGACUGUGUGGUGUGAUGCAGAGCUCGGUGACCUUGUUGUUGGUGUUAUCGGUGGGCACGGCCUCAUGUUCGAGAUUCCAGGACAUAGACUUAGGACAUGAGGUGAACGAGAACAGCAUGCACUGGGUGACAGACGAACCCUUUAAAUGGGAACGUCAAAGGAGUGGCUAUAAGGACGGCAUUUGGUAUGAAUCAAAUAGAUUUUGCACUCCUGAACACUUAGGAACCCAUAUUGAUGCCCCAUUACAUUUUGCAUACAACAAAUGGUCAGUGGGUGACAUCCCACUGGAGCACCUUAUCUGUCAGGGAGUUGUAGUGGACAUCCGAGACAAGGUGAAGAAGGACCCUACUGCUGAGCUAACUGCCAGUGACCUCAUGACUUGGAUGAAUAAUCAUGGUCCUAUACCAGACAAAGCAGUGGUGUUUGUGCUCACAGGCUGGGGCAGCAGAUAUGGGAACAAAACUGAAUAUUUUGGCAUCACAAAUAAUGAUACAACUAAACUGGUCUUCCCAGGCAUCAACCCCAGUGCUGCACAGCUGCUGACAGGAUAUGAGCAAGCCUCUGGAAAGCGGGUGUUUGGUGUAGGCAUUGAUACAGCUUCACUUGACCAUGGCCCAUCUACAACAUAUGAAACUCACGUUGAACUUUCCAAGGCUAAUAUUUAUAGUCUUGAGAAUGUUGCCAAACUGGAGGUGAGGAGCUUCCCACAAGAGGGUUUGAGGUGAUAGUGAUGCCAAUCAAACUUACUGGAGGUAGUGGUGGUCCCACUCGCAUUCUGGCCAGGAUCCCUUCAGAGCUAAAUGCAGCAAUACUCUCCUGCCAGCCUCUCCACUACAUCAUACUACCUUUAAUUGCCGCUGUGCUUAGACUAUUCUGAUUAUUGUCUCAUUAUUUGACUUGACUAAUAGUGUGAUAUAUCAGAAAUCAUUACAAAGUAACCAGAUAUGCAUUAUUUCAAGCAGGAGAAUGUUAGUUUGAUAUCCAUGGUCUUUUUUCUGAAAGACUUUUAUAUUAUUAUUGUUGCUUUACCAUUAACUUAAAAAAUUCCUGACCAUCACAUUGACUAUUGGAUUAAUGUCUUAUACAUUUCUAAUACAGACAGAACACAAAAUUUAAUAACCAUAUCAAUUCCUUAUUUUCUGUAUAUAUAUAUAUAUAUAUAUAUAUAUAUAUAUAUAUAUAUAUAUAUAUAUAUAUAUAUAUAUAUAUAUAUAUAUAUAUAUAUAUAUAUAUAUAUAUAUAUUCCUGGCAUGCAGUUAAUUUUUCCAGGACUAGAAUUAUAAAAAAAACAGAUCCUGUAUCAAAUUAAGUUUGAUACUAAUGUAAAAUUGUGUUAGGAGAGCCAAAUGAGGCAACAGUCAUGGAUAGUCACAGAAUGAGGAUGAAAACAGGUAACUCACGGUAUGUGGUGGAGUGUUUUAAGAGUGAUGAAAUUACUAUCUUGAGUGGUUAAUUAAAUUAGUUUAUGUGCUGUAUGAAAAUUAUUGUGCCAAGUAUGAAUGUUAGUGUGGGUCAUUUGUACAAAAGUGAUGAAUAUGAUUGCACUGUUUUUUCUAGAUAUAGUUCAGUUAAGUUAUUUCAGGUCCAAGACUAUACUUAUUACUUGUUACUUAAAAAUUAGGCAAGAAAUUAGGUGUAAAGUGACUAUAAGAGAUUUCUCUCUAAAUACCUAUUUAGUUGUGUAUGAUGCUCCCUUGGAUGAAAAGCUUGUCACUAAGAAUCAAUAUUUUUACCUAGUUUCUUAUCAAUAGAUAUUUGCCAAAGCAUUGUAUUUUUUUCAUUGAAAAUCUAUUUGAGAGUUGCAGCUUUUUUCAAUUUGCUGUAUUCUGUGAACAAGCAAUCUCUAGAACCAGUGUAAGGCUCAUAAAGUUAGAAAGGUUGGAACACAACCCAUGCUUUUGAACUAAAGCUGUGCCCACACUAACAAACAGUGCAUGACAGGCAAACACUGUUACCAUCUCCAGCUGUAAUGCAAAAGCUCAGAAGGGUGAGUGGCAGGCAUAGAAGUGAUGUCAGAAAAGAGAGAGAGAGAGAGAGAAUAUAAUGCAGUCACCCAAAAUUAGCAUUCCCUUCUACCAUGACCAAUCUCUCAGGGAAUUUGAAGGAAAUGGAGUUGUAGCAUAAAAGAAGAGAAAAGGUUAAUUACAAAGCUGCUCACAAGAAA